GCCUGUCAGAUCCGUUUAGUGCGUAAUUAACUCGAUAAGUCCCUGGAGCUCUUCCCAUACAGGAUUGCUACACAGGAGGCCAUGAGCUCUUUGAGGUAGUCUAGCGAUAUGCUGUUGAGGCAUCUCCUGCCGUCAAGCUAUUGGGAUUCAUGUCUACAACGUCGACGUUCUCUCCGUCAGCAAAAGCCACCUUCCUGCAAAGAGGCUUGAACGUUUGGCAGGCAAUCCUGUUAUCAAAUAUUGACCCCUGCGUCGUCCUACUAUGGGUUGCGAUAACGGUUCGUUCAUGCUGCAUCUAUCCCAUGCAAGAUGAGUUACCAAACAGUUUUGAAUCGGUUGCAUCCAUGGGAAAGACCCGGAUCGACCUUGCACAGCCCUUGCAGCACCCUCCGGCCCAUGACCUGCCAGUCACUAUAACACUGCAUAUGCAUCAGACCCUUGGCUCGUGGCACUCGGACAUGACACUGCUGUUACCUUCAACUCAUGGCCUGGCCGGUUUGUACUCCCAAGACGCGUCGAUCAUAAGUCGAAUCGUCGUCGCAUACCGUGCCUUUCAGCCAGUAUUCCAUGGCUAUGGAAUUUGGAGUCAGUCCAUCUCAGUUUCCCAUCUUGUCGCGAAGAAAGCCCUGAAGCCCGUGUUGGGUGGCUGAUCCUCAGAAGGCACCGCGACGUUUGCUGACGGACGACCCGAGCGCCUCUCGACGCAGUGCCCUGUGCAGCAGGCUUUCUGAAGCCCUCGUCGAUA